AGACAUAUAUUAUACAUUUGAUUUAUUCUUGUUUACUUUAAAAUUGAUUGAUGAUAUCAGUCAGUAAAUCAUUUGCUGAUAUGAAGCAUUUCUACCAUUUUUUUUUGUGUGAAUUUUAGUAAUUUCUGCUGUCUUAACUGCUGUACGCUUUCAUCAGACUAAUUAAAUAUUUGUAUUUUUUACAUUUCUGUAACACAACAAGACUCUUUAAAAUAAAUGAGUAAACCCAAAUUGUGUGACACAUUCGCAGGACAUAAAACACGCGUUUACAAUUUCCAAACAGUUGCAACGAAUAUCUGAUGCAACAUUAACUUCUCUCAUAUAAGCAUCGACAACCCUGCUCUUAAAAUAUGAGUAUCGGCCAUUGAAAGACCCAUAUCAUUUAGCCACUUAUAGAAACAACAGUAUUAUAUUCCCAGAGGAUCAUCCUGUCAUUUUUUGAUGUGUGUCAUCCUCAACAGAAUCAAUGAGAGCUGAAUGAGUGAAUGAGAGAGAGAGAGGGAGAAAGAGAGAGAGAGAGACUGCAUACUGCACUCUCAUUCGUUGCUGUUCUUCCUAAUUGGAUCAAGUGCAGACUUGUCUGGCUCUGUGCUUUGUGUUGGGAGUGAGAGAGGAGAGCGAUACCAGACAAAUGAGAGAGAGAGAGCGAGGGGAGGGGUGUGUGGGCAAUCUUCACUCACAUCUCUGUUCAUCCUGCACGAGAGUCUUUAGCAACCGGCUUUUACUCUGCUCAGAGGAGUCGGGGCUUUGAUCCCACCGGCACCUGACGCUAUCGGAUGAUUCAGCCAUUUUCAGCUGCUGUUGGCAGAUUCGUGAAAGCCUGAACUUGCUCCCCUCCUCCAGCCCUGCCCUCAGGUGAGUGCCGCACUCUCUCUCCGGACCUCUCUGCCUCGUUCUGAGGUGGGAUCCACCCUCGGGCUACCGCAUGCAUCUGUCUCUGGAGCGCAUGCCUUAUUUAUAGACGCUCUGCUUCUGUGUUGUUUUUGCCGCUCCGUUGGAGAACGUGAGAACAAACCUGGAUGAAAGAAAUUAGAGCCACGGAAGCACUUCCUCUUUAGUUACAAGGUUAGUCUUCUGAGCGUCGUGUCCAUCAGAGUCCCUUCCCCCUCGCUGGUCAUCUGAUAAUAGAUAGAACACUUCAUGAGGCAGCAUGCUUAACUCCGCAGCGCUAGAAAGACAUCUGGACAGCUGCAUUUGAGAGCUGGGACGACAGAGAGAUGAAGUCGGAGGCUACGGAGGACAUCUCGGCCGGACUCGCAUCUCAAGAGGCACUUUCAGAGGUCUUGUCCGAGGUCGCCGCAAAAGAGACGGCCCAAGGUGAGCAGGAGGAGGAGAACCCAGGAGGGGACGGUGACAGCGACAGCACCGAUCACGGUUGUCCGGGAUGCUUGCCUUUAACUGUGUGCUGCGUCUGCCUAGAGCUUGAGCACGUGCGUAACUGCGUCCGCUCUGAAAAAAUUUGCAUCCUGCCCAUCCUGGCCUGCUUGCUGAGUCUGGCCCUCUGCACGGCCGGACUCAAGUGGGUCUUUGUGGAUAAGAUCUUUGAAUACGAGCCACCUAGCCACCUUGAUCUCAAGCGCAUCGGACAGGACCCUAAUUUAUAUUUAGACCCCACUCUAAAUACUUCAUCAGUCUCGCCCCCCAACCUCACCUCCACCCCGACAACUCCAAACGUCCAAGGACAGCCAAACGUGUUUGUGGAGGGUGAAUCCACGGGCGGACCAUUCGUGCCCCCCUCGCCUAAGGUGCUUGUUUUUACCUCCACCCCAUCAGUGACAAUUCGCACAAACCCUGCAUCUCCACCCAUCCCCAAGAGCACCUUCAGACCGGCUAAGAAUGACACCCUAAUCCAAUAUCCAUCCCAAACUCUGGAAUCUAACGAUAUUAUUCCCAGAACCUCGGCCACCAGCACCACAACAUCGGCAAAGACCUCGAGUCACGUGACCCGCUGCAGCGAGAGCGAGAGGAACUACUGCGUGAACGGAGGAGAAUGCUUUACACUGGAGGUCACACCCGGAAACAUCAGACGCCUCUGCAGGUGCCUUCCAGGAUACACAGGGGACCGCUGUCAAACCCGAGACCCUGUGCGAGUCAUAGACCAGAAACAAGCUGAGGAGCUCUAUCAGAAACGUGUUUUGACAAUAACAGGCAUCUGCAUCGCUCUCCUAGUAGUUGGCAUCAUGUGUGUGGUGGCUUACUGCAAAACAAAAAAACAGAGGAAAAAGCUGCACGAUCGGCUGCGGCAGAGUUUACGAGAGCGCAACGCUGCGGCUAAAGGCCCUCCCAAUCCCCCACCCGAAAAUCUGCAACUGGUCAAUCAUUACAUGGCAAACAGUGCUGUUCCUCCUCAUCUUCAUGCGAUGGAGAAAGAAGCAGAAACAUCUCUCUCUACAAAUGACUUCAUCACUUUAACACAUCUGUCCACUUCUGUCACUAAUUUCUCCAGCUCAUGCUGGAGUAAAACAGAGAGCGUGGAUUCGGACAGUCAUACGGUGACGGUGAACACAUCGGUGGAGAACUGCCGACAUCAUGUUGCACCUGUACAGAGAGGCCGUCUGAACGCUACUGGAGGUUCACAUCAGAACUCCAGAGAAGCUCAGAUCUCCUGCAGUGAGAGGUACGUCCCAGCCAUAACAACACCCAUCCGCCUGUCACCCGUGGGGCCUCUGUCUCCUGUGACGCCCUCCUCGCCGCCUUCCGAGAUGUCGGCUCCUCUCUCCAGCCUGGCGACCUCCAUCCCUUCCAUGGCGACCAGUCCCUCCGGAGAGGACGAGCGCCCCCUGCUUUUCCGGACGCCUCCGAUCAUGCGCGACAAAUCGGCUUCGAACCAGGCCCGGAGGUCGGGCCACAAUCUCCGUAACUCUGCCCACUACAAUCACGGCCUCGACCUGCUGAGCCCUCCGGCCAGCCCUCUGCACAUCGAAGAGGACGGAGGGACCGAAAGUUCGCACAACCCCAGCGAAAGAACUCAACAGAUCGUCCGGGCGGCCGAAGAGUCGUCAGAGCCCGGCAGCGGCAGUAACUCGGCGAGCAGCAGCUCGGAAAGCGAGGACGAGGACACGCCGUUUCUCGGCUUGCAAAACCCGCUCUGCGGGUCCGCGGUUCUGGACGGGCUGGAGGGUAACAGAACUAACCCUGUACUACACCUGUCACCACAGGAACACCUGCAGAGCAGACUAACUAGUGUCAUGGUCAACCAAGAUCCUAUAGCCGUGUAAAACUAAACAGAUCACCACUAAACCUUUAUUUUCUAUAAUUAGGUAUUUGAGGAAAACUAUUUUAUUUUAGCGAAACAGAGACUUUUAUAAACUCGAUGUAUGAAAAAUGUGUUCAUGUUAUUAUGUUGUUAUUAUUAAAAGUGCCAUUCAUGUGUAGCUGAGGUCACAGUAUUUCAUUAGCAGAAUAAAUAUAAUCAAAAUGGUGCCUUUUCAUUUAAGUUGGGAAAAAGAAAAAACGGAAAAAACUGCAUUAUGCCACUGGGCCAUAUAUUCACCACCAAAUAAAUAUGUGUGUGUCUGAAAAAGAAACUCCACCAGCACUCCGUGUAGGAAUAGUAAACAAACCAAAUGGUCACUUUGGUAAAAAUGUUUAUUUUUAUUGAAACUGAUCAUUAUUGUAUUCCUACAUUGUGGCUGUAAAUCUGAAUGUAAGUCGAUCUACUGCUGCUCAUUAGAGUUUAUUAACACUUGCUAGAAAAGUGCUAAGAAAUACUAAAACUAUUCACAAAAUCAGCUAUAAGACAAACAUAAUCACAUUAUUGUCUUUUAUAUCAUAGUGAAUUUUGAUUUCGUCAUAUGACUGAAUAUAUGGCUCAUUGUAUCCAUCACAUUCAUUGGCUUUGGUGUAAAAGUUAAUGCAGCAGUUGUUUGAAAAGUGCAAAUUGUUUCAUUCAGAAGAUAGAAAGAGAUUUUUUUAUUCGUUUUUUUUAACAUUCAUCUUUUGUUAUCCAUGUAGACUGUUACAUUAUAUUCAGAGUGUGUUCAUGUGUGCGUCCAGUAUUUUACAUUCAGAUGAGGGCUCUGCUGUUUGCUUUCACAGAUUACUACAGUAACUUGCGUCAUUUCACCACCAUCUCUUCAGCUUGAUCUCAAUACAACACAUAUAUAUAUAACCUGGAGCAGUGAAUUUCUCUUCCAUUAAAAGAUUUUAUUUAUUUUCUUUAUUUAUUUGUUAUUUAUUUAUUUAUUAUCUGAUCUUGGCCUUAUGUAAUCUUCUAUAUUUUAAUAGCGAUGAUAUUAUAAUGUUUUUUUCCGUCACUUAAUAAUAUUUCUGUGCAGCAUUCUGUCAUUCAAAACAAUAAAUGUUCACCUUGAAAAAAUGCUGAUUGUAAAUAAUAUAAAACAAGCUGAUGAACAGCCCGAGUCUUCAUGUAAAUAUCUUCUGAUGUUUGAUUUUCGAUAUUAUGUCAGGACAGAUGAUGAGCACCAUCAUGCUUACGUUUGUUAUCAGCAAUUUAUUUACUGUUUGCAUAAAAUUGUUUGCAGAAAUAUUCAAAUGAAGGCAUUUUCUCUGAAUGCAUCGAUGUUCAAGCGUUUUUGGAUUAUUGUUUGACCACCACACAAUGUUCAUGAAUCAGAUGAACAGAUAACUGUCCGUAACUAAGAAGAAGAAGAUGAAUGUGUUGAUCUCAAAGCAUGAGGACAAACACAGGCAUGCCACAUACAAACAAGCUUGUUCGUCAUGACCACAACCUAACUGAGAAAUAAUAAUGCUGCUCUUGUGUGACAAACUCUAUAAAAUGUCUGGACGAUACGUGUGAUAGCUUUACAUUGUGUUUCAUGUCUUUCUUUUCACCUUCAGUGUUGCUUCAAACUAAUUGUAAUCUGUUAGGUUUAAAAGACGUGUCAGCAUUUGAUCAAACUGAAAAACUUUAGUCAUUUACACUUGAGUUGCACACGUUGUAAUGUAUGUGUUGUCUGCCUCCCGACCUAUACUU